AUGAAGAGGGAGGUCUCCAGUUUGCAAAAGACUGACAAAAAUCUGCAAUCAAAGAUGAAGACUUUGGAGGAUCAGGUUGAGAUCGCUAUCAAAGCCAAGGACGAUGCCGAGGAAAAGGUUGGCGCUGCCGAUGCGAUAAACAAAGUACUUCAAGCCCAACUAAAAGAGGCCGAGGACAAGAUGGUCGAGGCCCAAAGGGAGCUCCAAGAUGCCCUGGCCACCAAAGAGGCUGAGGUCAAGGCCGCCGACGAGAAGGGCUACAACGAAGGGGAAUACCGAUGUCCUUCCUCUGCUAUUCUCCCAACUCCGAGCCAAUCUGCCGACAAUGACUCUGAGUCCAAAGAGGAAGUUUUGGUAAGGAAGUCAAAAGACGUUGUUGGGGCGAAGUCUCUUCCUCAAAAUGAGCAAGUCCUAGACUUGACUCAAGAUGAGGAGGUUGAGGAGGUCUCCAAGGAUGCCACUCCAGAGAAGGCGUCAUCGGACGUGCCUCCUGCCGACAAGAGCAUAGAUGAAACCCUUCAAGAAAUUGAUGCUGAACUUGCGGCCGAGAAGGUUGCCGAGAUGUUGUCUCAGUAG